GACGACGAACUAAAGUUUACUUGGAUCGGUCACGCCACGUGUUUGGUGCAGCAAGGUGACAUUACAGUCCUAACCGAUCCCAUGUUCUCCACCCGGGCCAGUCCCUACAAGAACGUGGUGGGCGUUGCACGGGAUAUACCGCCGGCCUACGAUGCCGACGAUUUGCCCGCAGUCGAUGUCUGCUUAAUAUCACACGAUCACUACGAUCAUUUGGACAAGAUGAGCUGUAUACGAUUACGCGAUAAGGUAAGAGGAUGGGUAGUGCCUCUGGGCAUUUCCGAAUGGCUGCAAGAUAAGUGCGACAUUCCAGCCGCGCGGAUUGUCGAGCUGGAAUGGUGGGAAUCCGUCAAACUGGUACGGAACGAGCAAGGCGCCGAUCCGGCCGAAUCCAACCAAAUGUGGUUGACCUGCUGCCCUGUCCAACACUGGGCCUCCCGAACGUUCUUUGAUCGCAACUAUCGAUUGUGGUGUGCCUUUGCUGUUUUCUUUCCGCGUGCCACUUUCUUUUUUGGUGGCGAUACCGCCCUGCCGCCGAGUUUUCCGUUGUUCGAGAUUGUGUCGGACUACUUGGGGCCGUUGAAUUUGGCGGCUUUGCCGAUUGGUGCGUACGAACCGGAUUUCAUGAUGCGGGACGCGCACAUGCAUCCGUCCGAGGCCUUGUUGAUGCACAAGGCGCUGCGCGUGGACCACUCGGUCGGUAUCCAUUGGGGCACGUUUGCGCUAUCGGAAGAGCCCAUGGACGAGCCUCCGCGGCUGCUACAAUCCUGUAUCGACCGCGAUCCGGAUCGAGACUCGAUUGAUUUCGUGACCAUUCCGAAUGGA